AUGGCCGCCACAGACGAUCCCAUCAGAGAAGAUGUCGGUUUUGCAGAAUGGAGGAGAACUGAACCAAAUUGGAACCCUCGUUUGGGAGACAAUUGGAGGUUUAAGGAGCGGAUUGCCAAUACCGAUACUGCAGCUAUCGCCCAUUUUGUAUACGAUGAGAAAGAAGCUCAAAAAGAUAAGACGAUUUGGAAUGCACAGAAAGAGGUGAAAAUUCAGAAAGCCCAGGAGAAGAAGGAAAGGAAGAAAGCUAAGGAAGCCAAAGAAACGGAAAAGAAAGGGCAAGAGGCAGUGAAGGGGGGUAAGGAGAAGAAAAAGAAGGAGAAGGAGAAGGAGAAGGAGAAGGAGAAGGAGAAGGAGAAGGAGAAGGAGAAGGAGAAGGAGAAGGAGAAGGAGAAGGAGAAGGAGAAGGAGGAGGAUUAUGGCGCUCCUCACACUGACAAUGUGGUCCUCAAAAUCAACUAUCAACGAAAAGAUCAAAGACCAAAUCGACCCAAUGGCUAUCCACAAAAUUACGAUGGAGACAAGUAUGAAUGGCAAUUCCUAUACGCGCUCUCUGGAUACUAUCCUAGCGAAGAUUAUCCCGAACAGUCCAAAAUACCUCACCGCCCCGAAAAUAUUGUGAGGCACUUUCGUACUCAAUGGCUGAAACUACCAGGCGCACCGGGAGAGUAUGAAGUAGCAUUUUUGGAAUACUGCCCAGGAGUUGAGUGGAAGGGAAAAAUUCACCAUAAUUUAGAAGUUUUUGAUAGGAACAGUAGUGGUUUUAUUCAUGAGCUUGAUAUAUGGCUCAUUUUCAAACAGUUUACAAGGAUGAUACUCAUGAUGGACCGCGGUACUGAGAUCCCACCAGAAGACGAUGAACAGAAUAUUAGGUUGGUGGAGUUCAAAACCGCGGAGAUCUGUCAUUAUAAUAUUGAGCCGAGGAAUAUUUUGAUUGGAUAUAAGAAUAAGGAAACAGAUCGUGUACCUGUGCUUAAGGAAGCAGUCAUUGCUCCAAGCGAGCAUGUAAAUCCAUUCCGCCAUGGAUCAUGUAGCAAUAUAUUUCAAUUUGCGAAUAUCAUCCGUCUUCUAAUGCACGAAAACCAAUCAUCUGACUUGGAUAUGCAUCCGGAAAACGGCAAAUGGGUCGACAUAAAUUUAGGGGACUAUUCGAAUGACAGCCCGGUUUCAUAUGGUCGCUCCCUUAUACAUGGCGAUAACAAAAUCCCACUUGGUAGAUAUGGCGAUUAUUUGAUCGAGCUCGUCAUGAAAUGCAUGUACGAAAAGCCCAGCCUGCGACCUCGUGCAGAAAACCUCUGGUACUUAGUCCGAGAUGGCUACAAGGUGUGUCAGAGCGACCUGGACCACGAGACCGAAGACGAGGACGAAUCUAUCGAAGACGAGGACGACACCGAACAAGAAAAAGCCAAGAAGCCCAGCAAAAAGGAAACAGAAGGAUCAGACCCACCCCUCCACCCCAUAUUCCAACAAGCCCAAAUAGCCCCAGAAGGCUUUCGCGAACCCAUGCCGGAAUGGAUGGACGACUUCAAGGAACGAUUCGACAACUUCUCCUUCCCCCGCACACCGCAAUGUCCCACCCCCAAAUACGAAAGCAGCAGAAAUCUUACCCACGCGGACCCCUACCCCGGCGACGACCUCCCCUUCAACGACCGCAAAACAUACCCCGCCUCACGCGCGCAAGUUCCCCCACGCCACCCCCACGGUUAUCCCAUCGUAGACGAACGUCCCAGCGUGAACAUCCCCGAACAACACGGUGAUCACCCCGGUAGUAUCACCAGGAAUUGCGAUCUCCUCCGCUACUAUGAUCGUUUGGGAGAUAUGUGGAUGGGCGAAGAUCAUUAUUGGAAAAUGUUAGAAGCGGGUCUUAAUCCGCAGACUUAUAAUUGGGGCAUGAAGAUUCCAGACCCGGAGAUGGAUGUGGAUGUUGGUGCUAUGAGUGGGAUGGAGGCGGAUGCGGAGGAUGAGGGGGAGCUGCCGGGUGCGGAUACGGGUGGAGAUGAUAGUGAGGGGAGGGAUUAUAUGGAUCCGAAGGCUACGAUUAGUUUUACUAACGAUGCGGGGUGUCCUGUGGGGAUUUAA